AAGAACACACACAAACACCGACGACGCGGCGGCACGGACGAUUACCCCCACCACGCUGACGGCACCCGCAUCCGUAGUGGUUGUAUGUGUUGUACGCAGCGACGACGACGACGUUCUCACCGCCGCCACCACCGCUGCGAUUCGUCUGCGACUCUACACCACUGGCCCGUUCGCUGAUAACUCGCGUAGAUAAUAUUAUUAUUACUAUUAUUAUUAUUUUUUUUCACUUCCAACAACGUACAAUAAUAUCGCAUUAUAUUAUCAUUCGUUAUUAUUAUUGUUGAAAUAAUAAAUACCGCCUAUAUAAUAUUAUUAUUAUUGAAAUAAUAAACGCGCACAGUGAACUCGCGCGCACGCACGCACGCUCGUCCGUCGCCAGCGGUAUUGUAAAAAUAUCGGUAGUGUUUGUUAAUUAGUCGACAUUACGUUGUACGCGUCGGACUUCGACGACGAGCCGAAACGGCAACGCGCGUCCGUUAACGAUAACGUACGUGAAUUACGCGCGCAUGUAGUUGGUACGGCGUCGGACCAUCGGCACGCAGCGCACUGUCGUUGUUUUUAUUUUACAAUCGCACACACGGUGCACGUACCGUACGUAAUUAUUGAGUUUUUGUCUCCUGUCCGUUCUGGUGCGGUCUGCUGCUGCUUGUCGCCCGUCCACGUCCGCGCUCCGUCCAUAUCGUCUCAUCACGACGCGGCCCGGUGACGAUAAUAUGCGAUUGUUAUUGUUCUGCGCGCACGGCGUUCAGCGUUCGGAAAACGGUUGUCGACGAAAUGCGUAAACGACGGACCCGGCGCGAACGAGAAGACGAAGACGACGUCGAGGAAGAAGAAGAAGAAGAAGAAGGAAAAGAAGGUAAAGACGACGAAGACCGCGGCCGCGGAGAAUACGUAUGACGACGGGUCCCAUUGCCGACGACCCGUGUUGUUGUUGUCCAUUUGCUCGGCCGGUCGUUUUGUCGUCGACGCAUCGUCCAUUGGUGUCUGUCCGCGAUCCGGUCGUCGCCCGAGCACCGUAGUUAACGCGACCCUCUGUCUAAACCACCCACUUCAACAACAACUACAACAACUGCUCGACCCACACUGGUGAUACUUAUCUGGCUACGGCUCUUUUCCCCGCACGAGUACAUGCGAUUCGCAGUUGCCAAGAAACAUCACUCAGAAAAGGUAUAUGUCAUAUUAUGAAAUGAAUAAAAUGGAGGACAGAAAAAGGACAAUUCUUUCUUCUGGCAAUUCCAACACAUCAUUAACUCCUGUUAAACUUCAAAAACUUAAAGAAAAUGAUAAGAUAACUAAUGAAAAUGAUAAUAUUUGGAGCAUUUCAAAAGUAACUAGAGGAGCUAGUGCAAAGAGUUCAGGUUCUAAAACGGUAAUGAAACAUGCUCUACGGCAACAAGCUAAACGAAGGCGCAAAAACACUACUAUUGCAGCUGGAAAUGUUGCUCCUAUUCCAAGAAUUAUACUUCCCUCCAAUCAAAUAAACACCAUUGAAGAUGAAUCUACUAGGGUGCCUACAAUGUUAGAAGUUUUAUCAUCUAUUCCAGGAUUUAGUUUGGUAAAACCACGUAAACGUCCUGGAUCUAAACGAUUGUCAGCUGCUGCUCAAUUGCAACAAGCAAAGGCUGAAGGUUGUGUUGAUCUAGAAACACCAGAUUCUGUUCUUGCACAAGUUAAUUUAAGAUCACUUUUGAAUAAACAAACUUUUUCUAUGCUCCCUCGUCUCUAUCAACACAAACUUGUUCAAUUGUUACCACAUGUUGAUCGAGAAAGUUUAAGUGAUACUCAAUCUGAUUUCAGGCCAUUAUUAAAUUCAUCUGUUUUAAAUAAUGAGUUCUUUGCUCAAGCUUGUCUUGAAUGGACUGAUAGAUUAUCAGAAGGAGAAUUUACACCUGAAAAUCAGCAAAAAAUGAAAAUGGAUAUUGAUCGUGAAAAAAGCAAGCUAGAUCCAUUUAAAUUGAAGUAUUUUGAACCUAUAUGGGGUGAAAAUAGACUAUCAAGUUCGAAUGCUGCUGUUUCGGAUUGGCGUAAUCCUAAGCAUAAAAAAACCGAAACUAUUACUGUUCCGGUAAACACACCACCAGUUAUUGCAGUUACCAAGGAUGUAACAAUAAAUGCAAUAAUAACAACAACAAAAGAGACAACAACAACGACGACAACGACUACAAUUACAACAACAACAGCAACAACAACAAUACCAACUACUUGUUCUUCAUCGGAUGAUAUUAAAAGUGAAGAUACAAAAUUAGAUUUACCAUGGGAUUCUGUUGAUUCCACGACUGAUUCUACAAUAAAACCAUUAGUAGAGGAUAUGGUUUUACCAAAAGAUGAAGACAUUGAAAUAGAUAUUCCAUUGAAAGAUGAAUUUAUAAGCGAUGUUGGUAAAAUUGAUGAUGUUAAUUUAGAUGAAACAUCAGUGAUUAAAAACUGGUCUUCGUUAAUGAAUGAUGAUCUGGGUACAUUAAUUCCAGAAUAUGAUAAUGUUUCUACUUCAAAAGAAAAAGAACAAAGUGAAAGUGAAGUUCAAUUGGAGUUGGAAGUAACUUUAACUCCAAAAAUAGAUGAUGUAAACUCAACAACUAAUCAAAUUCCAUCAAACGAAACAAAUGAUAGUAAUAUGAAUAUGAAUAUGAAUAUGAAUAUUAUACAAGAACUUCCAAAAACCAUUUCUCCGCCUGUGGUUGUUCGAAUGCCUAGUGUUAUUCAACCUCUUGUUAUUACUUCUUCUAACAGUUCACCAUUACCCAGUACACCAUCUUUAUCAAUAUCUCCUUUACUUCAAUCUCCUUUAGAGUCUAAUAUCCCUAAUGAUUUUUCAUUUAUCAACACAAUAUCUAAUAUAUCAUCAGCUCCUUCUGAUCGUCCAGUUCAUCAUACUUAUGUGUCAUCAAUCAAAUCACAGGUGAGCUCAAGUAGUUGUACAACAAGUAGAACUAAUAGUAGAUCAACAUUGAAGCAACCACCUGGUGCUAUCAAUUUAGAAAGAAGUUACCAAAUAUGUCAAGCUGUUAUACAAAAUAGUCCUAAUCGUAAUCAACUUAGAUGUCAACUGAAACCACCACCAUCAGUAUUAAUUGGCAAAAGUUCUUUUAUACGUAAUGGACCAAAACCAAUAAAAAAUAUAAAUAUUACCAGCAGUUCACAACCUCUAGUUGUUAGGCAUGUGUUUGCAUCUUCUCGUGGCAUUCCAGUAACAAUGUCUGUUGGACCUCCAUAUGCAUCUGAUCAACAGCAAUUAACCGAAAAACAAAUGGGGCAGUACCUGUUGGUUCAGAGGUCUGGUGGAAUAACAGGUAUACGCCGAUCAUCUAGUGCUCCUCCGACCAAUAACAAAAUAGCUCCAAUUUUAAACGGUGGAAGACCAGCAAGUGUAGGUAUACAAGUAUCUACCUAUGGUCAGUCACAACAAACUAAUGAUUGUUCUUGUAGUCUUAAUGCUAUGGUAGUAUGUAAGAAAUGUGGGGCAUUUUGUCAUGACGAUUGCAUUGGCCCUUCUAAACUUUGUGUAACGUGUCUUAUCCGAUAAUAAAGCUCAAAGUAUGAUACUAAAAAUAUUAUGUUAAACUAUAACACAAAAUUUUGUUCAGGUAUUUUUCGUAAAUUUAUGAAAUGUGUAGAUGAAAAAAUAUUAUUAUUUUUAUUAAUUGACUUAUUGCCUAUAUUUACUUUGUUUUAUUUUUAUUUUAUUCAAAUCCUCAGUCCUAAUUAUAUUGUUAUAUAUAUGUAUAAGUUGACCCUUUUGAAACUAAAUUAUUGACAAAAAUUACGGAUAAAUACUUAUUCAUAGCUUAUUUAAUUGUUCACUAUUAUUCACCAUAAAAUAUCCAAUUACACAAAAGCCGAUAUGACUAAAAUUAAAAUUACGUACAUUACAUUACAAUUUAAAACAUCAUGUUUAAUUAAUUGAUUAAAUCAUAAAUUUAAAAUAAAAUGUACAUAGAUUUUAUUCCCACCCUAAAGAUAAUCACAUGUACUUAUAAGGUAAUUUUUAAACAUCUGUUAUGUAUUUUUAAAGUCUUAAGUUUAAUCAUUGCUAAUAGUAGAUAGUAACCAUAAACACAAAUCAAACAAUUUCUUAUUAAUAAUAUAAACAUUUUAUAUAACUGUUCUUAUUGUAUUAUUUAUAAUAAGAAUUAUAGCUCAUGGAAAUAUGUUAUUAAGUAAAUAAAAUAAUAAUAAUUUAUAAACAAAAUUUAAAAAAAAGUGAAGUAAUACAUCACUAAGGUUGAGUUUUCUAGAAAGCUAGUCUCUUAUUAAAUUUAUUUAGUUUGGUUUUCUGUAUGUAAAUACCUACAAUAUUAAAAUAAAAAUUACCUUGUUUAAGUAUAGCAUUUUAAUUAUUAAACAUUUAAUCAAAGCAUUUUGUAUAAUUCCAAUGAUAAAAAUAUUUAUUCAGAUGUCCUUACUUAUUAAUAUUGUUAUGUAUUAAAAUUUAUAAAACUUAUUAUUAGUACAUUAUUUAUAAUUAUAUUUGUUUUUCAUUUGUCUAAAUAUUAUUCUGAUAAUUAAUUAAACAAAGACGCCAUGUUUUAUAUGACUUGUUACUAAUACAGUUAUAUUUAAGUUUUAAGUUAUCAAUCUCAAAUUUUCCAAGUUUUUUUUAAUAAAUUUGAUUAUAUAUAUUUAUAUAUAUAUUUUUUAUUAAAAGUUGAAUUGGUUAUAAUUAAAAACAUUUAUAAGUUAAGAGCUUAAUUCAAACUUGUGUGGUGUACAAGACUAUGUUUAUAGAUUUUUGUCAGUUAUGUGAUAAUGUAGAGUAUUUAGAAAUGUUCUCGUUUCUUCUCUAAAGCUCAAAAAUUAAUUUCAAUAGAAUUAUUCUUUAAAAAAUGUGUAUAUAAUAAAAUGGAUUUAUUAUAGUUAAAUAAAAUAAAUACACUCUUCUUCUUCUCUUUCACCGUAAUUGUCCAACAAAAUUAAACAAAUUACGAUGACUGUCUUAGAUAUUAUUUUGAAUAAUUCCAUAUAUUAUGUGCCUAUAUAUUGUACAUGUAUUCAAAGUAGACUAUCAGAUUUUCUCUAUUUCAAUUAUUGAAGUGUAGCAUAUAACAAAAUAUGGAGUCAAUGAUAAAAAAAAAUAUGUAAAUAGCAAUACUUAAAAACUUAUUGAUUUAUACCUGUAUAAAAUAUACAGAUAUAUAUUACAUACAUAUUUAAAAUUUAAUAUUACUUUUUACAUGUCUCCAAUGUUAUAAACAUUAAGUAAUAUCAAUCAACUACCAUCUAAGUACUAACCAGUUGUGACGUUGAUAUAACUUAUAAGUAUAUUAAAAUCAAAUGAUCUGUUAUAAGCUGUCCGAGCAUUAGAAAAUUACCUUUAAUUUGCACUAUUGUUUCGGUGAUGGAAUUGUGUUAUCUUACUGUACUUUUUUUUUUUUUUUUUUUAAUUUUAUUAAUAAAUCUUACGCAAUAAUGUUAAAACCCAUUUUACUGUCCUUAUAUAAUUGUUAAUAAAUUUAUUGUUGUGUAUUGGUCGUAUUCUGUAUGAAAAUAUGUGCUUGAGUAUUUGCAACAAUAUUUGAGCAUACAUUAUUGAAAACAGUAUACGCAACCAAACAGAGUUGUCAUAAUAUUAUGUUUUAUUUUUUUAUAAUAAUCCCUCUUUUAAGAUAUUACUAUAUAUUUUAUUUGCAAUGGGUACAUAAUAAGAAAACGAAAAUCCAAACUGAUAUUUAGUACCCCAUAUUUGAUAACAUUUUUGUUAAGUUUUUGUUUUUUUUAUUUAUUUACUUUUUUUUAUGAUUAUUAAACGUAUCCUAAAUUUAAAAAUUAAACAAUUCUAUAUUAAAAAAUAAUAUAGGAUAUAGUGAUAUUGUUUAUCGUUUUCUGUAAUAUUAUGUCCUCAUAUACUAUAUUAACAAUGUAUCAUUUAUAAAUGUCCACUGUACCCACAUACUUGAACCAUUUAUUUUCCAGAAAAAUGUUAAAUACAAAUUUUAUUUAUUUAUUGAUUAUUAUUAUUUUUUCAUCCGAUUUAAAUAAGAUAUUUGAUGUUAUAAUAUAAAAAUAUAUAUGAUGUUUUUUUUAUUUAGUUUUAUAAAAAUACCUACUAGACACUAAAAAAUUAAGCAUUUAUUUAGGUUAAAAAUAAACUGUACAUAAAUAUAUUGAUUCUCAUUCUGUUUAUGCUACUGUAAUGAUAUUGUUAAUUUACUUUAUUAUUUAUAGGAAUAAUAUACAAUUAUUAAGUGUA